AUGCCGGCCUUCUCCACUCCCCUCCACCACGUCGCCGUCGCCCUCCGCGGCAACGUCACCACCCAUCCGACGCCGAGCUCAUCCACCACGCCGACGCUCCUCUCCUCCGCCUCCAAGGCCCACGCGGGUGCCUCGUCCAACAAAUGGCUGCCCGGCGUCAUCGUGGGCGCUGUCGUCGCCGUCGUGGCUGCUGCGGCCUUGGCCACGUGGCUGACGUUCCGCCGCCGCCGCCGCCAGCGCUACGAGCAGGCCCGGCAGCACGACCCCCAGCUCACCCCGGGCCAGUUCCGCCGCCGCAGCCACAUGAGCGAGGCCGCCCUGAUGGCCGAGGCUGAGCGCGAGCGCCGCCACAUGAUCCGCAAGUCGCUUCUGAGCCGGAGUUCGGCGAGCCUGAGCUACCUGGGGGCGGCGGGCGAAGUCGCGGGCGAAGUCGCGGGCGAAGUCGCGGGCGAAGUCGCGGGCGAAGUCGCCGGGGACCAGGGCGCGCAGGACGACAUGGAGGACGGCUACCGCGGCGUGCCCCUCUACCAGCGCCAGCCCGUGCCGCGGCCGCCACUGCAGCCACAGCCACAGACGCAGCCCCAGACGCAGCCGUCUACCGGCCAGUGGGACCUCGCCCACCACGACAAUCCGACCGCCCUGGAGGCGCUGGCACCCCUAAUCCCGGCGCCGCUCAACGUGUCGCCGCCGGCCGCCGCCACCGCCGCUCCGCCGACCCUCCGCGACGACGACAGGGAAUGGCCCGCCGCCCUGCGCCGCUACCACCCGCACCUCACGCUCGACAAUGUUGUCGAAGAGUCGGAGAGCGGGUUGGACCAGCCGUUGGCGGGUGAUGCUGGCGGCCUAGACAACGACCGCCCGGCAAGCCCGCCCGUCCCGCCGCGCUCGUGGCUGCGGCCCCUGUCCGCGGUGCGCCCCGAUGCAGAAGCGGGCUACGUCGACCUUGCGCCGGCCCGCCCGCUUCGUCAGGACAGCACAGCGAGCCAGGCCAACGGCUUCACGGCGCGGCAGGUCCACGCCGACCCGCGCAACGCGCUGCUGGCCCACCCCAGCGACGCCGCGACGACGAGUCCGACGUCGCUGUACUCGGUGGACUUUUCGCAGCGUCGUCGGUCCGCCCGACGACUUUUUUCUUCGCCCACCACGCAUUCGCCGCUCUUCCGUCAGCUGGCCCUCACCAUCCUGUCGGACAAGACGGACGCGCAGACAAGCGACCUGACGCCCGCCGAGGCGACCAAGAGCAUUGUGUUGGUGCUCGACACGCUGGACGCGAAGAAGCGGCUGGCGUCCAGGAAACGCAAGCCAAGACAGACGUCGAAGGUGACCAAGCCGGCCACUGCCAAGUCGCAGCCAGCGCGGACCCAAACCAAGCUCGUCGCCGCCACCCGUAAGCCUCUCGAGGAGCUGCAUAACAAGCCAUCUCCUUUGACCGCACGACUUGCUGCCUCCGCCGCCGCCACCACCAAAAUGGACGCUGCCACGGCCACGGCCAUCGCCAACGCGGCGCGCGACGCGUACAAGGAGAACCUCGACAACAUUGUCAUGUGCCCCGACUGCAAGGAGUUCCCGCCCAACCUGGUCGAGGAGUUCUCGAGCGGCGACAUGGUGUGCGACUCGUGCGGCCUCGUCGUGGGCCCGCGCAUCAUCGACAGCCGGUCCGAGUGGCGCACGUUUGCCAACGACGACCAGGGCAACGACGACCCGUCGCGCGUGGGCGAGUCGGCCAACUCGCUGGCCAACGACGAGGGCCUGCGCACGCAGGUGGACAUGCGGGCGGCCAACGGCAAGCUGGCGGGCAAGCUCAACAGCAUCAACAAGAAGUCGCAGUCGGAGAAGCUCAACAACGACCUGCAAGAGGGCUUCCGCGCCAUCAGCGGGCUCGUCGACAUGAUGCAGACGAGCGGCAUCGUCGGCCAGACGGCCAUGCACAUCUACAAGCUGGCCUACGAGCACGGCCAGCUCAAGGGCAAGCCGCGCGAGGCCGUCAUCGCCGGCUGCAUCUUUAUCGCCUGCCGCCAGUGCGGCGUGCCGCGCACGUUUCGCGAGAUCUACGCCAUCACGCGCGUCACCAAGAAAGAAAUUGGGCGCGUCUUCAAGUCGCUCGAGAGCUUCUUGAGCAAGAUUCAAGAAAAAAACCCGCAGGCCAGCGCGGCGCAGGGCGUCAAGGACUACAAGGCGUCGUCGUCGACGACGGCCGAGGAGCUCUGCACGCGCUACUGCUCGCUGCUCGGGUUCCGCAACACGCCGCGCAUGGAGAAGAUCAGCAAGGCGCUGGCCCGCAAGACCACGGGCAUCCCCGACCUCGCCGGCCGCUCGCCGCUGUCCGUCGCGGCCGCCUGCAUCUACUUUGCCUCGCAGUACCUCGACGACCCGCGCGCGUCCAAGGACAUUGCCUCCAUUGCCGGCGUCAGCGACGGCACCAUCAAGACGGCGUACCGCUUCCUCUACAACACGCGCGCCACGCUCGUCGAGCCCGACUGGCACGGCGACCUCGACAAGCUGUCGAGCAGCUAG